GCUUCUUACGGCGUGCUGGUGAGAGAGAAAUGAAGCUUGAUUUCAAUGCAGGAUGUUUGUUUUAAUCAUUGGGGUUGCGACAAAUACUUCCGCGAGGUCCGCAGUCACAAAAGUCGGACUAUUCACAGCGGACCAAACAGGCCGUCGACAAGGCUCUUCGGCAACUUUUCCCACCAUACAACAACUGAACUUUGUGCGGCACAUUUACGACAUGUCCUAACAAUGCCCUUUAUUUACUGCAGUAAACGUGUUGUUCAACUGUGGGCAUUUUGAAUCCGUGCAUCUUAGCAGAAGAUCUGUAUUAGACUGAUUGUUUAGUCGUUGUCCUGGAGACUGUCUUGGGAGUCUUAGAUGUUCAUGUAAACUUCACACGGACGCCUUGAAGUCUUUUGUCUUGGAAUGUCGGAAUUAAGAGCCCGAUAAGAUGUCUGAUCGCAAGAGCGAUUCGCCUCACCCAGACAACCGUGGCGCGCACGCCUGUCUCAGUGUGGAGUGAUUUGGCCAGAGGACACGGGUUACAACAGGCAACACCUAAGGACCGGUGCUAAGGACGGAGUAGGAUAUGGCGGCGGGGACCGACACAUCGCCCCACGCGGGAAUAUCAUCGUCUAGCGCCGAGAGGCGACAAAGAACUUUACGGCACCUGCUCGCAGAAACGCCGACGUUCUUUAAAAGUCCUCGACAAGUCAGCUCUGCGGGAACUAAUUUGAACAGGGGUGUGUUCGACAAACGGUUGUACAUGAGACCACAGUCGUGUACGGCUGAGAACAGGCGCCCACCUCUCACGGCCUCGUACCCGAUGAGCGGGACUCCCUCGCCCAUGUCUCGGCCCAGCACGUCCUUCUCCCCGAGAACUCCUUCCGAGAGGGACCGGAGCCUGUCGACGCCGGGAACGGACACGGACGGGGAGAGCACAGCACGGAAACCGAAGACUCAUCGGUCGUACACCGCAUCUCCUCUGAUAUCGGAGAACCAACAAGACGUGAACAGACAUGUGACCGAGGCGUGGUCCCGGGUGAAGCGGGAGUCUCUCCGGCGGCGCUUGGGCCGCAUGACUCCCGAACAGAGGGACAGCUUCCGCCUGCUGCACAACCCAGCGUUUCAGGCGGCAAGAUGUGUUGCACUCUGGCGGCGGGCACGAGAGAGAACCACACACAGUAGACAGAACUGGCGGGAAGGAGAAAAGGCUGGUCUAGCCCGAUUCUACCACGCGGUGCGGCUGGUUAUCCUGGUGCACAGGCUCCGGCUCGCCAUGACGACUCUCUCCCGGGACAAGACCACCCCCACCGCCGCCGAGCUGCGCUUCCACACGCUCCAUCACGACGAGAAGAUUCUCGCCUUCAACAAGGACAUGUACGCCAGGAGGACGGAGGCGACGAUGCGGCUGCCCCGCUGGGCCACGGACAUCAUGGGGAAGUCUCCGCGGUCCCGCUCCGAGCAGGAAUGCCGAAAACUUCACGCUCUGCUGCGGUGUCUGAAGGCGUUCCGCGUAUUCUCACCGCGCAUACAGGGCAUCAUGUGCCGGUCUAUUCUCUAUCAGUGUGUGGAAGCUGAGCGGGUGGUACUGAGGAAGGGCCAUAACGGGUCCGGGUUCUACUUUGUGUACUCGGGCUCCGUCUUCGUGAACGCCGAGGACACCAACCAGGCCACGGGCGAAGUCUUCAUGCGGACCGAGGCGGUACUGGGCAGAGGGGACUCCUUCGGGGAGAUCGCGCUGCUCCGCGGCUGCCCCCGUACCGCCAGUGUGACCGUGAGAGAGCCGUGUGAACUCCUCAUUGUAGAUGACAAGAUUUUCGCCGAGGUUUGUCCAAAAAUCUUCGACGCUGAGCUGGAUGAGAGAGUCAAAUUUCUCAGACAGGUGCCGCUGUUUGCACAUCGCUACUGGCCACCGGAUGCACUACGCCAGCUGUGUAUCGAGACACAGAUGCAGGAGUUCAAGUCGGACCACAUCAUAGUAGACGAUAGUGAAGAGGACGAGUGGAUAUACGUUUGUGUUGAGGGCCAGUGUAAGGUACUGAAGAGCCUGGUGCUGGAGAAGGAAAGUCUGACCCGCCCCGCCAGCCUGCGUGGGGACCCGCCCAGUGACGUAGGCACAAGACGGGUUUCCUUCGCAGUUCAUGAUGACGUCAUCGAGGAUGAUGAGGAUGUUUUCCACGGUGAGAGAGGGACCGAUGAAGAGCCAGACAGUGAAGAGGAAGAAGAGGUCCCGAUAGAUAGAUCAGAGAGCAUGCGCAGCAGGUCCGAGCGCAUGCUCCGUUCGAUCCGCGGGGACCCCGCCCAGGACAACGAUCAAGACCCUCAGGCAUCGAUGGACGUGUUUACGGUGGAAGUAGACGACGGUUCGCAUGACGUGAGUCGGGCGGGCAAACAGCGCAGGCCACCCGAGGAACUGGACAUGACGCUACGGUCUCUCAUCGAGGCACAACUCAGACAGAGGAGAAAAAACGACGUGGUUUAUGUGGAAAUAGGGAUGUUGAAAAGAGGUGAUGUGUUUGGCCUGCAGGAAACCAUGGGUGUGUCCGACACGGGCCCGCUGAUCCUGAUGAGUCUGGGGAUAGGAACCAGAAUCUACAGACUCAAACGUGCCAACUUCAGGGAGAUCGCUUCCGAUGAAGCCACAGAACACGCCAAACUCUUAGGAUACGAAAAGAAGUAUCCAUCAGCCGAGGCGUUGUUGAUAGCGUUACAGGAACAAUCCAAGUGGGACGUUUACAAACAGACAGUUGUGGAGGAAGUGCUUCGUCAUCACAGACGCUUUGAUAAGUCUCCAACCGAGGAAAAACUCCGCUCUAAGAAGGUGAAUCGUCUCGUGUCCGCCUUAAGCCGGUGCAAUGACGACAUACUAUGCCUUCCGUACAAUGCCGAGAACACCCGAAAGAUUACGGAACCUACCGACGCGCCUAGCGACGAUCGCGAGCGAGAGGACAUCAGACGGGCAAGGAAGUUCGACACUCCCAUCGUCAUGCGGCCCAAAACGAUGGUCGCUAGGUGUGGCAGCAUGUUAUCAAGGGCGGGGACCACCCACACCUUAAAUAGUCAGAGGGUUUCUCCUCACCAAAGACUGGUCAGGCACAGAGUUAGUGCCCUCAGCUCAACGUCGUCUGACAGUUCUGAAGCAUCCAGUGGUGUCUGACAUAGCAACGACACAAAGAUUUCCUUAUCUUCUGCCACAUCACAAACACUGCAAUGUUGCAAUACUCUGUCGUGAGGUUUAUAUACCUGGUUCUAGUUGUGAUACAACAACAUCAUUUUGCUUUUGUAUUCCUUAAUGUUGAAUGACGUAUAAUAGAUUCGUCACCCUUAUACAGUUCAGUAAGUGCAGUCUACACAUUACGUCACCGUCAGCAUGUUAGUCAGUUAAACCUGGAACACAUAGUCUUAUAAAUCAUGCACGUAGGUCAUAAUAUGCAUGGUGAUAUAAGAAAUAUUCCGUCCAACGCCCAGGUGUAACCGUUCAAUAUGGCGGACAAUUCUUACGUCAUAGUCACGUGAGUGCAAACACCCAUUUCGAUGUUGCAAUGUUGGGAUACAUGUACCAAAAUCGUGCUGCUGUGCGUAGCUAUGGAAGCGAGAACAAGUGUUUCAGAUAGAAACAAGUCGUAGUGACAAACUGAAAGAAAUUAUAAAGAUAAAUACAUGAGACUGAGAAAUAAAUAUCUUUGCAACUUAAGAUAAUGUGAAGUUAGUUUCAGUUUCAGUUAAUGUCGAAGUAUUUAUUGAACGCCAUGUCAGUACCUCACAGCUGUCACGAGCCGCUGAAUUAGAAUUAAGGUAAAUCUGAAUGUAGUUUGCGUUUAGAUGAUUCUGACUGUCAGAAGACAUGACCUUUGGCAUAUAUUGGAGAACAGUAGGCGUCCAAAAUGCCUCAAAGACGAGCCUGUAUAUGCAUGAUGAAUACAUGAAUGAAGGAUUGUCACAGCGGUGACUCCAUGAA